AUGUUUAACACUCCCAAACUCCUUGCCUGCCUCCUGCCCCUGGGUAUCCAGACGGCCACCGCGUCCGCAAUCCCCAACGACGGCGGCGCGGACUUCACCGUCCCUGCCGACGUUGUGCUGCCGGGCCUGACGGCCGGCCAGGUGGUCCACUUCACCCCGGAGCAGGUCGCCUUCCUCGAGACUCAGUCCGGCGGGCUCAUCACGACCACGCCGGACUCGGCCACCAUUGUCGUCGCCGAGGCUUCAGUCCAAGAGGCCGCGCAGUUCGAGGCGGCCGUCGCUGCCGACGUCGUGGGCGUUUUCGGAGCAGCAAGUAACGCCGCGGCUGCUGCUGGUAACGGCAACAGCGAGCUCGAGGCGCGCGAUCCGACCGAGUAUACUACGUGCAUCUAUAUUUGCAUCAUUGGUGCCGGCGGGCAGUGGGAGCUGUAUCCUCUUUACCUCCUUGCCUGUACCGCUGCUGGCGCGUGUCCUUGA